UCUGCGUCCGUAAGAGGAGGCAUCUGGGUUGAACGAGGUUCUGCAAGCUCAGGGAAAUACUGGCAAACGUCCAUUGAGAGCAGAUCGCUGUCAAAGAGAGCGCGCAAACAAGCUCCGACGUUCUCUUGAGUGGUCAGCACAGAUGUGACGAUGGACGCAGCAGAGUCAGACAGAAGGGUUUCUCCUCUCAAGAACUUUUUGGCUGGAGGGGUCGGUGGUGUCUGUCUCUUAGUCGCCGGACACCCGCUGGACACUAUCAAGGUCCGUCUGCAAACACAGGAAUGUGUUGUCUACAGAGGAACAUAUGACUGCUUAAGGAAGACUGUGUCCAAAGAGGGAAUAUUUGGCCUGUAUAAAGGGAUGGGUGUCCCGCUAGCCAGUGUUACCCCAAUGAUGGCUUUGAAUUUCUUUGGCUUUGGGCUGGGAAAGGAGCUUCUGCAAAGUGACCCCACCGUACCAAUCACAAACACACAGAUCUACUUGGCGGGGAUGCUGGCAGGGGUAUUCACCACUGUGAUCGUGACCCCGGGCGAGAGAAUCAAGUGUUUACUUCAGAUCCAGUCCUCAGCUUGUCAGCUGAAGUAUGCUGGACCAGUGGAUUGUGCACUGAAGCUUUAUAAGAAACAGGGAAUUCGCUCUGUCUACAAGGGCACUGCUCUUACUCUAAUCAGAGAUGUGCCUUCAAAUGGUGUAUACUUUCUAACUUAUGAAUACUUAAAACAGUUUCUGACCCCUGAGGGAGAGAAUGUUCAUCAUCUCAGCACGUCCAGAGUUCUUCUUGCUGGUGGGAUUGCUGGCAUGUUAAACUGGCUAGUUGCUCUGCCUGCAGACGUGCUUAAAUCAAACUACCAAACAGCCACAGACGGGCGUUACCAGGGUGUGAGAGAUGUGUUAAAAACACUGCUACGGGAAGAAGGAGCCCAUGCUCUCUACAAAGGCUUGAGUGCAGUCAUGUUACGAGCAUUUCCUGCUAAUGCGGCUUGUUUUCUAGGCUUUGAGGUUGCGCUAAAGUGCUUAAAUUACAUCGCUCCAGAAUGGUGAUUUCACAGACGGAUGAGGGAUACUAUAUGACUGAUAUACAUUUUUUUAUAACGUUGUUUUACAGCUAUUUUUGGUGUAAUUUUAGAUUUUUUUUUAGAUUUGCAUGAGUUCAGUAAGGGGCAGAAAGAUUUGUAUUGUACAGUUUACAGUAACAUAUGUUACUUUUGUAUAAAACUCUCUUAUCUAUGUCUCUCUUA